CAGAUUAUUUGUUCGAAAGAAAGCAGAAGUUUUGACGAAGUUGAUGUUGUUAGUUUCCCAUCAUCACGGCUCCAAACAUGGCCUCGGAAGACAAGAAAACUGACUCAGAAAAGAGGAUACAUACAUAUCCACUAAUUCGGCACUCUGAUAUGACCGAUGACAUGAGGACAGAGACGAUGGAGCUAUGUGUGACAGCCUGUGAAAAGUUUUCUACAAAUAAUGAGUUUGCAUCAAAGAUGAUAAAGGAGACAAUGGACAAGAAGUUUGGAGCCUCGUGGCAUGUUGUUGUUGGAGAAGGCUAUGGCUUUGAAGUCACCCAUGAACUGAAGAACAUGUUGUACAUGUUCUUUGGAGGAAACCUGGCCAUUGUUGUGUGGAAAUGUUGCUGAUGUGACCUGGUGCUGUGCCACUACAGAUGAGCCUGAGAGGUUAAGUUUGUACCAGUGAUCUUGUGAAUUCCAGGGAGUUAUUCCAGAGAAGAAUUGACCACAAUGAUGGAUGAAGGAUGUUAGGGGCACUGGUCUCUCACGCAGAGCGUGCCCAUGUACAUGUAGGCUACGCACAGUAGAAGUUCUAGUACAUGUUUGUAGUGGAGGAUAAAACUGCACGACAGUAGCCUGAUGCUCCAAGGGGCUCUUUUGGGCCAGGACACAACGACGAGGCACGUUAGAAAGAGCACCGGCCACUAUGGUUGUGAUCAAUGUACGUUAUAGGCUGAUUGAACCCUGCGUUACCUGGAAAUGACGUUUUAUCAGUCACUUCGUCCUGUGCUUGGAGGAUACUUGAACUAGUAGCGCCAGGUGGCUACCUCAACUCCUCUGUUUAUAUUGGGCUGGCGGAGCAUCAUAGCUUCAUAGCCUAGGAACCAGUCGUAACCCAUACACAAUGACUGCAGUCCAAAAGUGGUGUCAACUUUGGCUCUUACCUCUCAGCUUGCCUGUGCACCCAACAUCCCAGGCUUUUCAGGUUUAACGCACAUGCUCCAUCUAAGAACGAUAACUUUUUCCAGAUCCAUAAUGGUGGAUGACCGUGACAUGAAUUUGGGUCUCGUGUCCUUACCAAGUGGAAUAUGUGUCAGAUGUUGCGUGUGCAGGCGAGCGGAUAGGUAAGAGCCAAGGUUGACACCACUUUUGGACUGCAGCCAUUGUUUAGAAAGGACUAAUCGGACAUGGCGUGAAUCAGUGUAUGCGUUACCAUUGGUUCCCCCUGUGGCUACGAUACUCUGCCAGCCCAAUAUAGAGAAAGGAGCUGAAGUAGCCACCUGGGGCUACUGGACUAGAUGUCAUAUGGCAAGCUUGCUACAGAUUGUUUGCUUUUGUAAAGCAGUGGCACUUGGGACUGUGUAGACUUUUAUUUAUAGAAUCUGUAUAUUUUUAUACACUCCCCUACACUUGUUUACUAUGCACUAUUUUAACUUUUUAUGGCAGUUGUUGAGGUACAUACAUUUAUAACACGUUCAGAUUUAUAACUUAAGAUAUAUUGAUGAAUUUUGAUACUCAUUUACAUGUUACCUUUAUCAAAUUCAUGCCAAAAUCUUGGCAUUGUUGCCGUUACUAUGCAUUUAAAGCCUUGUUGUUUCACACUAUGCUUAUGUUUAAGUUUAAGAGAUACAAUGAGAUAUGAUCAGCCAGUAAUGAGGAGUUUGCAAUGCCCAAAGGUAUAAUGUCACUUCCUGGCAUUCAUACAUGAUUUGAUGGUUUGUGGACAAUCAAACAACUGUGUAUGAUAAUAACAGAAGUGUAAGCACACAAAAUGGGUGAAAAAUCAGAAAAGGCAUGGAUAAGUCAGUGAGGAUUUACUUGUAACCUUAAAUAUUGCAUGUCAGGAAGGUUAACUUUACACUGACAUCUUACAAGUAGUUCUACUGUGUAAAUUGCAAACAGGUCUACUUGUAUGCUGUACUGAAUACCUCUCCUGCAACUCAGCACCAAUCCAUGUCAAAGUGGAUGUUGAUAUAGCAAACGGUAGUGUCGUAUUGACAAAACUGGUGUACCUCACCCAAUACAGGGGUUGCUGCACCAAUGGAAAUAAAACAAGUACACGUCCACUGUGCAAAGACAUUCAGUCUGUGAGCACAAAAGGGACAGGAUGGCUUGUGGUUAUUUGUUUCUGAUGCUGAUUACAAAAGAAGCCUUCAGUAGGAAGUGUUGACCUAUUAAUGUGAUAUCAGGUAAAUACAUCUACUGAACUAAAGUCAAUAAUUAUUACAUGGAGUAUCAAAUUGUUCAUGAAACUCUUAGAGAUUCUAAGGCCAGUUGUUAUCCGCUAGCCUGUGAGAAGUGUUUAGUCGUUUAUAUACCACAAACCACAGCAAAACACUGUUGUAAAGCCGAAGGUGAUGUAUCAGCCAAAAUUUGGAAACCUGAUCUGUCCUGAAAUUGCCACUCUGUACAUGCUAUACAGUUCAUGCAGUUCACACUUGCUGAACACAGACUAGGGUAUACUAGAUCAGUCUGCUAGGGUAAAAUGACAGUUGUAGCUUCAGGACAUGUUUUGGUGCAUGCAUAACUGGUUGUAUUUAUCAUUUAUGGUGCAUAAAUAUAUGUGUAUGUCAUCAGACUUGGUUAUGUGCUAUUUAUACGCAUUCUAACAUGAAGCAAUAACCCUGUACAAUAAGCACAAGUCAGAAUACAGAACCCCCUCCCUGGCUCAGCAAAACCUGGACACUGUCUUGCUAGGGAUUCAAAUCCACUUCUUAGUUCAGCUGCAAACUUAAUUACAGUGUAACUGGAUGAUAUUGUCAGGUACCUGGUGAAUAACAGUUAGGCUACACUCAGAUCCCACAUCCUUACACCUCCUGGAGGUCAAGUGGUGGAAAGAGGAUCUUCAGUGUGAUGUAAAUCGUAACAUAAAUAGACUUACAUGCAGAUUGUAAUACAUCAUACCUUAUGAAUCAGCAUAUUUUGUCUCGGCCAUUUAUUCUUUUUUAAAAUACAAUUUAGUAUUACAUAAAUCAAUAUAAAGUCAUGCAGAUAAGAUUUUUCACCAAUAUAUAUUUGUAACAAUAUUUAUUUGAUUGAUGCUUUACACUACACUCAAGGCAGCAUUAUGGUAAGAGGAAAGCAACAUAUAACAAUAAUAUAACUAUAGUUAAUAAAGAAAUAUUAAGAGCACAAUGCUCAAUAUGUGGGCGAACAUUAAAGUUAAAAGCCAUUCUUGGCCAAAACUGAUACAAAAAGAUUUGUGUAACGACCAUGGACAAUAACUAUGGCUAUCCAAAUCAACAGAAUAGAGUACAGGAUAGAGAAGCAGAAAAAGUAAUCUGGAGACACCUGGAGCCUGCGAUCAAAGCUAACUAGCUAAACCCAUGUCAACUAGAUUGGCAUACACCACUGAUAAACCGGCUGACAUCCUUUAUCUGGCUAAACCCAUGUCAAUUAUGUCAGCACACAUCACUGAUAGACCAUCUGACAUCCUUUAUCUGGCUAAACCCAUGUCAAUUAUGUCAGCACACAUCACUGAUACACCAUCUGACAUCCUUUAUCUGGCUAAACCCAUGUCAACUAUGUCAGCACACAUCACUGAUACACCAUCUGACAUCCUUUAUCUGGCUAAACCUAU